CACAAGUCAAGUCAAACUUCAAAUCCCCUUCCCUCCCACUGCCGCGAGCCUCGCCAACCGCCGGCCAUGGAGGACGCGGCUGCUGCGGCGGCGGCGGUCACCCCCGAAAUGCAAGUUAGGAAGAGGCCCAGACCCGUCCGAGCCGACGGCCGGCAGGAUCCGCCGCCGUCGGGGGGCCUCGACCUCAUCAGCCGCCUCCCCGACGCGGUGCUCGGCACCGUCAUCUCUCUCCUCCCCACCAAGGACGGCGCGCGCACGCAGGCCCUCUCCCGCCGCUGGCGGCCCCUCUGGCGCUCCGCCGACGCGCCGCUCAACCUCGCGGCGGCCCCCGACCUCGCGGGCGACGACGACUCGCGCGCCGCGCUCGUCUCCAGGAUCCUCUCCGGCCACUCCGGCCCGGCCCGCCGCCUCUCGCUCCGGCUAGCCCUCUCCCGCCGCGGCCCGGGCGAGGCCGACGGCUGGUUCCGCUCGGCAUCGCUCGCCGGCCUCCAGGACCUCGAGGUCACCAACCUGGAGUGGGGGAGCCACUACCCGCUGCCGCCGCACCCGCUGGUACGCUUCGCGCCUACCCUAUCUGUGCUCAGGCUCGGCGGCUGCCGGUUCCCCGGCCCGUCCGCGGCGCCGCCGCCGAGCUUUCCGCGCCUCAAGCAGAUCAUGCUGUUCGAUGUACGCAUCUCAGAGGACACUCUGCAGAGCGUCAUCUCCAGCUGCGCUGUUCUCCAAAGCGUCUCGCUGCACAACAUGAGCUUCGGUCGCCUGUGCAUCAGCUCGCCGACGCUCAGGAGCAUCAGCGUCGAAGGUGUCUUCGCCUUCCGGGAGCUGGUCAUUGUCGACGCCCCUUGCCUUGAGAGGCUGCUGCCGAUUUAUCCAGACGAUGGGCCGGCGACCAUACGGGUCAUCCGGGCUCCUAAGCUGGAGGUGCUUGGUUUCUUGUCUCAAGGCAUAUCCAGGCUCCACCUUGGAACCACAGUCUUUCAGAAAAUGGUUGCUGUCACCAUGACAGUCAAAAUGCGCGCACUGAAGAUUUUGGUUCUUGAAUGUGCUCCUAAUCUGGAUUUUGUUAUUGACUUCCUCAAGUGCUUCCCCUGCUUGGAGAAGCUCUAUGUCAUUUUCAGUGAAGGAAAGGAUAUGAAUAUUGCGCCGAAGUAUGAUCAGCUUGAUCCAAUUGAAUGCCUUGAACUCCAUCUAAAAGAAGUGGUGUUGAAGAAUUACUGUGGUGGUCAUAGGCUAUAUAUGGACUUUGUCAAGUUCUUUCUUUUGAAUGCGAAAGUGCUAAGGAAAAUGGAAAUCGGAGCCCGUUACAGCUACAAGUCCAACUGCAACAUCGACGACUGGAUGUGUUAUCUACGUAGGCAGCUACAAGUGGAGAAUAGAGCUUCCAAAGAUGCAAGCGUUGAAGUAAAAGUUAAUAAAUUCAAUCGCCACGUACGUACUCACGAUUUGUCAGUGGACGAUCCUUUUGACUGAUCCUUGUGUGGAUCCUCCAAGUGUGUUUGAUUGUGCCCUUGCUUGUAUGUCUAGUGUUGUCACGUCCUUGUGAUGUUCUCUAAAAUGGUCUGCUAACUUCAUAAAUGGAACACUUUGUUAUCCACUCUGGGUCAAAUCAGGAUCCAGGAUCCAGGAGGUGG